CACACAAAAUUGACGACGCCAACAGAAACCAAAGAAAACAAGACGCCAAAUGUAAUAGUUGGAGAACCCGCAUUCUCAACUGUAACUCCAACGUCACACCAACCACACACACCAACAAUAAAACCUCCCUCCUUCUCCAACCAACUCACCCCCAAAUCAUGAACCCCUACAUUGUCUCCGUCAUUUUCCCCAUCCUCGCCUCCCUCCUCUUCCGCAAACCGCCCAAACACCGCGGCGUCACCCUCGACACCACCGCCACCACCGAUGACUCCGAAUCCGGCGUCACCGUUCGGAACGCGCGAUUCGAUGCUCCGGUGGUGACGGCGUGGGAGGGGGUGACGACGCUUGCAGAGCUUUUCGAGGAGGCGUGUAGGAAGCAUGGGGAGAGGGCUUUGCUCGGCGCGCGCGAGGUGAUUUCCAAGGAGGCGGAGGCGGGUUCCGACGGGAGAGUGUUCGAGAAGGUUCACUUGGGGGAGUACCGGUGGUUGUCGUACGACGCCGUUUUUGAAGCGGUUACGAGUUUUGCUUCUGGCUUGAAGGAGCUUGGGCAUGGUAGGGAGGAGCGGGUUGCGAUCUUUGCGGAUACGCGGGAAGAGUGGUUCAUUGCGCUGCAGGGUUGUUUCAGGCGAAAUGUGACAGUUGUGACUAUAUAUGCAUCAUUGGGAGAGGAAGCUUUAUGCCACUCAUUGAAUGAGACAGAGGUUACAACGGUGAUUUGUGCGCAAAAAGAAUUGAAAACGCUUGUCAAUAUUAAUGGACAGCUUGACUCAGUGAAACGUGUGAUAUGCAUGGAUGAUGAUAUCCCAUCUGUUGCCUCAUCUGUUGAACAUGGAUGGACAAUCACUUCCUUUGCUGAUGUCAAGAGACUUGGUAAAGAAAAUCCUGUUGAUGCAGAUUUACCUCUUUCAGCAGAUGUUGCAGUUAUAAUGUAUACGAGUGGAAGUACCGGAUUACCUAAGGGUGUGAUGAUGACACAUGGCAAUGUCUUAGCUACAGUCUCUGCCGUGAUGAAUAUUGUUCCUAACCUUGGGAAAAAGGAUAUAUAUCUAGCAUACUUACCAAUGGCUCAUAUCCUUGAAUUAGCAGCUGAGAAUUUGAUGGCAGCUGUUGGGAUAGCUAUAGGAUAUGGGUCUCCAUUAACCCUAACUGAUACAUCAAGCAAAAUAAAGAAAGGUACAAAGGGGGACGCUACUGUGUUGAUGCCAACUUUAAUGGCAGCUGUACCAGCAAUCCUUGAUCGUGUUCGAGAUGGAGUGUUCAAGAAGGUAAAUGCAGCAGGAGGAUUAUCAAAAAGGUUGUUUUAUUUAGCCUAUGAACGAAGGUUGCGUGCAAUUAACGGUAGCUGGUUUGGAGCAUGGGGCUUGGAAAAGGCUCUCUGGAACUUUCUUGUGUUCAGAAAGGUCCAAGCAAUUUUGGGUGGUCGUAUCCGUUUUAUACUGUCCGGUGGUGCUCCCCUUUCUGGUGAUACUCAGCAAUUCAUCAAUAUUUGUUUCGGUGCUCCAAUAGGUCAAGGAUAUGGUCUUACAGAGACUUGUGCUGGGGGGACAUUCUCUGAUUUUGAUGAUACAUCUGUUGGCCGUGUUGGACCACCUCUGCCUUGCUCAUUUAUUAAGCUAAUCGACUGGCCCGAAGGUGGAUAUUUAACUACUGACACACCAAUGGCUCGUGGUGAAAUUCUAAUUGGUGGUCCAAAUGUCACUCUUGGGUACUUCAAGAAUGAAGAAAAGACAAAAGAAUCAUAUAAGGUUGAUGACAGAGGAAUGAGAUGGUUCUACACUGGUGACAUAGGGAGAAUUCAUCGAGAUGGUUGUCUUGAAAUCAUUGAUCGUAAAAAGGACAUUGUUAAGCUGCAGCAUGGAGAAUAUGUCUCCUUGGGAAAGGUUGAGGCAGCUCUCGUUGUUAGCCCCUUUGUGGACAAUAUUAUGUUGCAUGCUGAUCCUUUCCAUAGUUACUGUGUGGCACUUGUGGUGGUUUCUCAGUCCACAUUGGAAGAAUGGGCUUCGAAUCAAGGAAUUUCGUAUUUUGAUUUGUCUGAACUUUGCACGAAAGAAGAAACUGUGAAGGAGGUGCAUGCAUCACUUGUUAAGGAAGCAAAGAAGGCUCGUUUGGAGAAGUUUGAGAUUCCAGCAAAAAUCAAAUUGCUUUCUGACCCAUGGAGUCCUGAGUCUGGCCUAGUCACUGCUGCUCUCAAGAUCAAGAGAGAGACCAUAAAAAAGGCUUUCAAAGAAGAACUUUCAAAGUUGUAUACUUCAUAGGCUAACAAGCAGUCUUGGAUCUACUCUUUAGUCCAAGUGAAAGGAGUUACCCCAUCCCCACCCCUCUCUAAUUAUUCUUUUUCUCAUGUUAAGUUACCUUCAUCAAUCAUCAAUGGUAAGGCUUAUUAUUACUAGUGGAAUAUCAAAAUGUUUAAUUUGCUUAAAUAGUGACUAUGAUCAUGUAUCAAUUUUCAUAUUCAUAGAUUUACUCCCUGACUAGUGAGGAUUAAGAGUGCAUAUUUGUCACUUGUGCACUUCGUAGAAUUUAAUAUAGAGGAGGGAUCAACUUACACCCUCUUAACUA